AUGGCAGCUUUGGAACAGAGGGGAGCUGGAAAGUUAGGAUACGAUGCAGAAAAGGACGACUACGUUUUCUACGGUGAAUACAGUGAGAGCCAGUCUGUCGAUGUAACACCUCCACCUCAACCUCCACAAAAACAGCUGACUUCCACAGACCGUGAAAAGAAAAAUCGUCUGAGAAGCAAUGUCGUCAAUGAGAUCAUAAACAGGGAACGAGACUACGUCAAGAACCUAAAGGACAUCUAUGAGGGUUACUACAAGCAGUGCAAAAAAAGACCAGACAUGUUCUCAGAAGACCGACUCUACAUUCUCUUUUCAAACAUCGAGGAAAUUUACCGAUGCCAGAAAAAGUUUCUGAGAGCUUUGGAGAGGAUGUACAACCCACAACAUCCAUACUUGAGUGAGUUUGGAAUCGUCUUCGUUCAACAGCAUGAAAAUUUUCUGAUCUACUCCGAAUACUGCAUUAACCACCCCAAUGCUGUAGUCGAAGUCACGAAACUCUCAAACCUGCAAGACUAUGCUUUGUUUUUUGAGACCUGCCGACUCCACCAACACAUGUCCAACCUCUCGCUGGAUGCAUUUCUGAUUAUGCCAGUACAGAAGAUCUGUAAAUAUCCUUUACAGCUCAUGGAACUUCAAAAGGCCACUCUACCCUGCCACAGGGAUUCCAAAAAUGUGGAUGCUGCUCUGAUUGCCAUGAAGAAUAUUGCCAACGUGAUCAACGACCGCAAAAGACGAAUUGAAACCCUUGAUAAAAUUCCAAGGUGGCAAAAUGCAAUUUUAAAUUGGAAGGGAGAAGAUCUGUUGGAUCGCAGUACAGACCUUAUUCAAAGUGGGGACUUAAUUGUGAUCAUGAAACCGCAAGGAAAGAGCAAAGACAUGCUUUUUCUCCUCUUUGACCAUCAAGCAGUCUUAUGUAAGAAGGAUCUACUACGCCGUGACAUCUUAUACUAUAAGUGCAGAAUAGACAUGGACACCAUGCUAAUGGUAGACGUAAAAGAUGGCAAGGACUGGGAAUUCAACGUCAAGGUCAAGCACGCUUUCAAACUUCAAAACAAGCUUGUAGAUGAUGAAGUACACCUAUUUUGCGCAAAGAAAGCAUCAGACAAACUGCUGUGGGUUCAUGCCUUUGAGGAUGAAAGAAAAAUGAUAAAAAAUGACGAAGACACAGGCUUUGUCAUCACCGAAGCACAAAAAUACAAGGCCAAAUUGCUUGCACGUAAGCCAGUAAAGAAGAAAAAAGCAAAAGCCACCACCUGUAUGUACACUUGUGACUCACAACGCGAAUGCGAGCAAGUACCAAUAAAGAAACCGCCAACAUGUGCCAACAGACAACAAAGACAUCCAGUAAUGACCCCGCUGCCCAUUUCCUCCAGUUCCUCAUCAAGCACAACCACGGAUGAAUCAAUGACAUCGGAAGACCAGGAAAUGGAAUCAGAUGUAGUUUCAUGUCGCAGUUAUUCAUUAACUUGA